AUGAAUCACCAAAUUCAACAAGCUGUUGAGAUCGCUUUGAGUGGAACUGCAGAUCCAACUUUAAAAACUCAAGCUUUUGAAUUUAUUAAUCAAAUUAAAAGUACACAAGAAGGGUACCAAUCAUCUGUAAAUAUUUUAUUAAACGAUAAUAAUGGUUCAAUUAAUGAAGGUUUAAAAUUUUUUAUUUAUCAAGUUAUUCAUGAGAAUAUUGAAAAUUUAAACGAGGAUCAGUUAUUUUCUUUAAAUAAUCAGAUUUUUAAAAAAUUAUCACAAUAUAUAUCAAAUGAGGUACGAGAGCCACUGCAUUUAAAGAACAAAUUUUCACAAAUUUUUUCAAAAAUGUUCUGUAGUGUUUACUUGAACAUUAACACUAAUUUUUUAAAAGAUGUAUUAUUAUUAACUCAAUCUAAUAACCAAAUUGCUUUAGAUUAUUAUACAAGAAUAUUGAUUGGCAUUCAUUCUGAAAUUGGUGACAAAUAUAUUGUAAGAUCCCAAGAAUUUCAAGAUAGAGUAACUUUGCUAAAAGAUGCAAUUAGGAACAAUGAUAUGACUCAACUAGUUGAAUCUUGGAAAUCGAUAUUGACAAAUAGUUCCAACAAUGAUGAAAUUUUAGAUAAUACCCUCAAAAUUGUUGGUUCAUAUGUGACUUGGAUGGAAAUUAGUUUAUUUGUGUCACCACAGUUUAUAAAUACAAUCUUGAGCUUUUUGAAAAGUGAAAAGCAAAAAAAUACAACUUCUCAAACCAUAAUUGACAUACUUUCGAAGAAAAUGCCCCCAAAGAAUAAAUUAGAACUAAUUUCAUUGUUAAAUUUAACAGAUAUAAUUUCAUCAAUUGAUUUAAAAAAUGAUGACUUGGAAUUUAUGGAGAAUAUAUCCAAAUUGUUGAACCAAAUUGGUCUUGAAUUAUUAUUUGUAUUGGAAAAUGAUGCAACUUUAGUUGAUGUGGUCAAAACUCACUUAUAUAAACUUUGGCCGUUAAUCUUUACAUUUUUAGAUCAUGAAUAUGAUGAUGUUUCUCAAUGUACUUUUCCAUUCAUUCAACACUUUUUAUUUUUGAGUAAAAAGAUACCACAAUUAUAUUCCUAUGAAUUAUUAUCCACAUUGCUAGAUAAAAUAGUGUUAAAAAUGAAAUUUGAUGAUGAUGAUGAUGGUGAGGAUUUAGAUGAAUUGCAAGAGUUUAAUGAAUUUAGACAAAAAUUAAAAUUGUUUCAAGAUUCAAUAGCAAGCUUAAUGCCAACUUUAUUUAUUGAAAGAAUACCUGUUAUAAUUAAUGAUUCAUUAUUUGGUAAUACAACAAACUGGAGAAAUAUUGAAUUGGGUUUGUAUGAAUUAUCAAAUUUUUCAGAUAUUUUAAGAAAUAAUAUAUUGAAUAUUCCCAAAGAUAAGAUUAAUAAUAGUGAACCAUAUUUAAUUUUUCAAAAUUUUUUAAUAAAAUUGAUUAAUUCCACUUUUAUAAUUAAACACAAACAAAUUCAAUCAAUUUUUUUUGAAUUGGUUAUCAAACAUUAUUCAUUUUUAAAUCAACAAAAAAAUAGUGAUGAAAUUGUAAUUAGAAUUUUAGAAAUCUUUACAAGUCCUCUAGGUUUAUUUAAUGAAAAUGAAAAAACAAGAUUGAGAGUUUGGUAUUUAUUUUUUAGAUUUAUCAAAUUAACUAAGCCAAGAUUAAAUAAUGAAGUAUUGAUUGAAAAUAUUAUCACGAAUUUACAGCCUUUAUUAAUUAUAAAAGCCGAAUUACCAACUAAAGAUGAAGAUGAUGAUGUUGUACAAAAUGGUAAUUUUAGUAAUCAACAAUAUUUGUUUGAAACUAUUGGAUUAUUAAUUUCAUUAAUACCAGAAAAUUUAUCAUCAUUAAAACUGAAAUUAAUUGAUAUAAUUUUCCAACCAAUAUUUUAUGACUUGGAACAAUGUAUAACCAUGCAUAAUAAUAAAUCCGAACAACAACCACUUAUAAUUUUACAAGCACAUCAUUCAUUAAUGGCAUUGGGUACAAUAGCUAGAGGAUAUGAUUAUGAACAAGGGUUAAAAUUUUCACCUAAUAUCAUUGAAAAAGUUAAUAAUGCCGCACAAGUUGUUUUAAUCACUUUGGAAAACUUUAGUAAAUUUGAAAGUGUUAGAGAUUCAUCAAGGUUUGCAUUUGCAAGAUUUAUUCCUAUCUUAAAAAAUACCAAUGAUGUAAGUUCACAUUUAACAAAAUUGAUUACAUUGAUUUGGUCAAACUCAAAUUUAAAGAUGACUGAAAUUAGUGAUUUCUUGAGCUUUUUAGGUCAAAUUAUUCAUAAUUACAAAACUGAUGAAAAUAUUUAUCAAUUGUUGAAUAAUUUUUUAACUCCCUUAUUUCAAAAAAUCUUUCAUAUUUUAAACGAAUCUUUUGAAGAAGAUUCAUUAAGACCUGAUAUCAUUAGAGAUAAAAAUUUCCUUAAAAAAAGUUUAUUGACUUUAAUUCAUUCAAUAAUUACAAAUCAUUUAUCAAGUUUAUUAAUAACAGAGACUAAUAAACAAGAAUUUCCUGAAGUUAUGAGUAAAUUAUUUGAAUAUGCAUAUGAUUUAAAUGAUUCUGGUAGUUCAAAAUUAAGUAUACAACAAUUAACUCAUUUGGUUAAUAUAUUUGGUAAUAGUGGAGGUAAAAUUAAUGAUGACUUAGAUAAAUUUGGUCAAACAUUAUCUACUUCAGUUGAAGGUAUUGAUGAAUUUUUAAUGGAAAAAAUUGUUCAAUUAUCUUUUGAAUUACCAUUUCAAAAGCAAGAAUUUAAUCCAAGUGAUGCUCAAUAUAGAUUAAUUGCACAAGAUAUUGCAAUUUUAUUAAAAACUUAUCAAUUGAGAAAAAAUGAUGAAUUUUUAAAAUAUUUAUCUUCAUAUUUAAUUAAUAUGGGUUUAUCACAAGAUUUAACAAAUGAUUUUUGUAACAAUUUAAUUAAUUUAGAUUUAAAAGAUUUUAAAAAGUAUUUUGUAACGUUUAUAAAUAAAAUGAAGGGUGGGAAAUGA